GUGGAAUAAGAAGAUGCCUCAAAACGAGUAUAUUGAGGAAUCAAUCCGUAAACAUGGACGUCGCUUUGAUCAUGAAGAGAGAAGACGUAAAAAAGUAGCACGUGAAGCUCACGAUGCAAGCCUUUAUUCUCAGAAGGUUCGUGGUCUUAAGGCCAAAUUACACCAGAACAAGAGGCGCAAGGAAAAGAUUCAGAUGAAGAAGACUAUGAAGGAGCAUGAAGAACGUAAUACUACUCAACGCGGUACGGAAGCUCCUGCCCCCGGUGCUGUUCCUAUUUAUUUGCUUGAUCGUGAACAGGAGUCACAGGCGAAGAUGCUCUCUAGUGCCGUUAAACAAAAGCGUAAGGAAAAGGCUGCGAAGUUUUCUGUUCCUUUGCCCCAAGUCCGUGGUGUUCCUGAAGACGAAAUGUUCAAGGUUAUCAAAACUGGUAAAAGCAAGAGUAAAUCUUGGAAGCGUAUGAUUACUAAAGCCACUUUCGUUGGUGAUGGCUUUACCCGACGUCCCGUUAAGUAUGAGCGUUUCAUUCGUCCUAUGGCGCUUCGUCAGAAGAAGGCAAAUAUUACUCAUAAGGAGCUCGGCGUUACAAUGCAAUUACCCAUUAUUGGUGUGAAAAAAAAUCCUCAAAACCCUACAUACACCCAAUUGGGUGUACUCACAAAGGGUACCAUCAUCGAGGUCAAUGUCAGUGAACUUGGAUUGGUAACUUCUGGUGGUAAAGUUGUCUGGGGAAAAUAUGCUCAAAUUACCAACAAUCCUGAAAUGGAUGGUUGCGUAAAUGGUCUUCUCUUAACUUAAAUGCAUUCUUUCCGGAGUGAUACACUCUCUGCAUGGAAAGUGUUUUAUGUCAUUGCCGCUUCUACUAGAAUUUUUGAAAGUUUGUAUAAUAUUUUUGGGAAUUAACGUUAUUUUAUUUGCAGUCCUUGAAAUUUUAUUAGAGCUGGUACUUGAUACUAGCUAGUAAUUGGUGUAUGGUAUGGUUAAUAAUAUACAUCCAUCUUUUGGUCUAUGA